AUGAGCCAGCAGCAGCAGCGGGCGCCGCGGCCCCUGUACUUCCCGUCCCUCUACGACCGCGCCGCGCCCAGCGCCGCACCGCUGGCGGACUGCGGCCUCUGGCGGAAGCCCCUGCGGGGGGGCACGGCUGGGCCCCAGCGGCCCCCUCCUGGCCUGGGCCCUUCUCCUGCCGCCGCUGCCCGCAGCUGCCCGCGCCCCUGGCCGGCCGGGCUGGCCCCCAUCCCCUAUGAGCCACUGCGCUUCUUCUGCCCCGUGGCCGACAGCGGUACCGCCCCGCGGGGCCCCGGGCAGCAGCAGCCAGAUGGGGAGAUCUGCGAGCUGGGCAUCCGCCUCAAGGAGCUGGAGCUGCUCGAGUUGACCGGGGACGGCUCCGACCCACAGCAGUAUAAGCUUUUGAAGGCACUAAAAGAUGAAAAAGUUCAAGGCAUAAAGACAAGACAGAAUCUGAAAAAACAGACACCUACAUCAUCAUAA